AUUUCCCAGAGAAGCUAUGGCUGCCCCAUCCCUGGAAGUGUCCAAGGCCAGGCUGGACGCAGCUUGAAGCAGCCUGGGAUAGUGGAAAGUCUCCCCGCCCAUGGCAGGAGAUGUAACUGUAUGGGUUUUAAGGCUCUUAUCAACCCAACCCGUGGAUUCUAUGAUGAUGCAAUCAAUGACGUCACAUCACGAUGACGCAACGACCGGGUGUGGCUUCCCCGCGCACGCGCGCAGGGGCUGGGCGUGACCAACACGGAAGAGGCGUGGUCAGAUUGGAAAAUGGGCGUUACCAUCUCUGGUGGGCGUGACCAGGAGCGCGCCCGCGCGUCCUCUCCCGGCCGCCGUCGCCCGCUGUCCCCGCGGCCGCAGCAUGGCGGGAGCGGCCCCCGGCCCCGGCGGGCGGCGGCGGCUGCGGGACGAUGGGCUACGGACCUGCACCUCCGCCGAGCAGUCCAAGGUGGAGGACAUCGUGCAGGAGGUCUAUGAUGCCUACAAGACAAACCAUCACUCCUCACAGUACGUCCUGCAGCGGGAGAAGCACUUCCACUACCUGAAGAGAGGCCUCCGGCAGCUCACUGAAGCCUAUGAGUGUCUGGAUGCCAGCCGCCCCUGGCUCUGCUACUGGAUCCUGCACAGCCUGGAGCUGCUGGAUGAGCCCAUUCCCGAGUCGGUGGCCUCUGAUGUCUGCCAAUUCCUGAGGCGGUGCCAGAGCCCCCAGGGUGGAUUUGGGGGGGGUCCUGGUCAACACCCCCACCUCGCCCCUACCUAUGCUGCCGUCAACGCGCUCUGCAUCAUUGGCACCGAGGAGGCCUUCAGUGUCAUCGACAGGAAGAAGCUCUUGGAAUACCUGCACUCACUGAAGCAGCCAGAUGGCUCCUUCCUCAUGCACGUGGGUGGAGAGGUGGAUGUCAGGAGCGCCUACUGUGCUGCCUCAGUGGCCUCACUGACCAACAUCAUGACACCUACGCUCUUUGCUGGGACGGCCGAGUGGAUUGCCAGGUGCCAGAACUGGGAGGGGGGGAUCGGCGGCGUGCCAGGCAUGGAGGCUCAUGGUGGCUACACUUUCUGCGGCGUGGCCGCAUUGGUCAUCCUCAAGCAGGAACGUCUGCUGAACCUCCGGAGCCUGCUGCACUGGGUGACCGGGCGGCAGAUGCGCUUUGAAGGGGGAUUCCAGGGCCGCUGCAACAAGCUGGUGGAUGGGUGCUACUCCUUUUGGCAAGCUGGGCUCCUGCCCCUGCUCCAUCGGGCUCUUCAUGCCAGGGGCGAUCCAGCACUGAGCAUGGCACACUGGAUGUUCGACCAGCUGGCACUGCAGGAAUACAUUCUCCUGUGCUGCCAGUGCCCAGCUGGCGGGCUGCUGGAUAAGCCAGGGAAAUCCCGGGAUUUCUACCACACCUGCUACUGUCUGAGUGGGCUGGCCAUUGCACAGCACUUCGGAAGCGGAGACCUCCACAAUGAGGUGGUCCUGGGUAUCCCUGAGAACUGCCUGCAGGCCACACACCCUGUCUACAACAUUGCCCCGGAGAAGGUGGCGAGGGCAGUGAUGCACUUCCUGCAGUAUCCCGUGCCCAGCCUGGAUCCGGUAUCUGCUGCCAAGUAGGGGGGUCCUGCUGCUGGCUCGGGGUGCCAAGCCCCGGGAGUAACUGGCACAGCCCAUCCCCACGGCGGCCUGGCCAGGCAGAGCGAGGUGCUCAGGGCGCUAGCAAUACCAAAAUCCAGUCUGCUCCGGGCCUGGUGUCCCGCUGCCAUCCUGGCCAGGGCUGAGGUGGGACAGGGGCUUUGGCAGUUUUUUUGGCAUCAAUAAAUCAGAAGUGACACCCGCCGUGUGCUGGUGGCCCCGGGGAUGUGGAGCAAGAGGUGAUGCCACGUCUGGAUCCGGUGGCACCAACUUCCCCCAUUCCAAGAACACGCGGUAACCAUGGGGGAGGAUAAAAUAAGUGGAAUUUUG